UGGCAGGUGGGGCCACCUCUGGGUUUGGAGGCUGACAGCUAAAUCCAGCUGCAGCCAGAGAGAGCCAACGUGCCCCAUGACUUCAGGCAACUCAGGGCGAAUGGCACGAGAGUUGGUUAUUAGAAUUUCACUCUGGAUUGCGACACCACCCUUCAGCUCCGUCGAUGAGGUUGUGCAAUCAUCCGGUCCUAUAAAUACAGUGACACUUCAGCCUUGUACAUCUCUGUCAGCCCAGCCUCCAAGUGAGCCUCUCCUCCUCUCCUGAGAUCCAGCCACCAUGAGGGCUUUCUGCCUUCUGCUGCUGACUGUCUGCUUACUCUUCUCCCAGUUCACCCCAGGUGUUGGCCUUCUUGAAGGUCUUGGCCAGAGAUCUGACCAUUACAAAUGUGUCAGGAAUGGAGGAACCUGUCACUUUUCCUCUUGCCCACUCUAUACCAAAAUUCAGGGCACCUGUUACAGCAAGCGGGCCAAGUGCUGCCUGUGAGCUGGGAGUGACUGGGAGAAAGAAUGCCGAAGCCAAGUGACAGAUUUGUACUGUUUUAAUAAAGGAAGACUUUUCUCAAAGCAUGCA